AUGAAAAUCUCAUACUUUGCCAUUAGCGCGCUCGCCGCCCGCUCCCUGUCCGAUAGGAGCUGCGGCAGUCAGGGUUUGCCCCCCCACCAGGUGCUCAUGACCACCACUGGCAACAUCUUCCUCGCCAACUAUAAUGGCUCUGUAUUCGAUAUUACCCUUAAAACUAAUGUCACCGGCGCCCCUACCUGGAUCCAGUAUAUUGAGCCUAAUAAACUAUUUACUGUUAACGAGAAUGGCAAUGACCUCCAUAUCUUUAACCUUGAGUGUGGCAGUGCUUCUUCUUUAACUCCGGCUAUCAACGCUGCCGGAAGCUUCGGUGUUGUCCACCUCGGAUUUAAUAAAGAUAAUACCCGCCUUGUUAGUGCUGCCUAUGGUAAUGGGACUGUUGACGUUUGGGAUAUUAGUAGUGACAAGCUUAGACUUAUUAAGACUAUUCCUGCUCCUGGUAAUCCUGGUCGUAAGAGCCCUAAUCAAGAUGCCUCUCACCCUCAUCAGGCUAACCUUGACCCUUCUGGCCGCUACUUCGCUAUUAAUGAUCUUGGCUUUGAUAAUAUUAUGAUCUUAGAUACCCAGGAUGAUAAGUACGAAAUUAUCCAAAAUAUCCCUACUAAGGCUGGCUGCGGUCCUCGCCAUGGAGUCUGGUAUCCUUCCAAUACUAGCGAGGCCACCCACUAUAUAUUUAUCUGCGAGAUCUCUAAUGAGAUUAUCGUCAACCAAAUCAGCUACUCCGCUGCUGGAGUGACCAUCAGCCAGUCUCAGGUCAUUUCUAGUUUCGUUUCUGGCACUGCCCCUAAGGGCGCCGCUGCCGGUGGCAUCGUCCUCCACCCUAAUCAGAAGGACCUCUAUGUCACUAAUCGUCUUACUGGCGGUACUUCUGAUACUCUCGCUCACUUCAAGAUCAAUGGCGGCUGCCUUACUCCCAGCAAGGAGACCCCUACUGGUGGUAUCCUUCCCCGUAUGCUAAGUAUUAGUAAGAGCGGUAAGGAGAUUUUUCUUGGCAACCAGAAUGGCCCUGCUGCUGCCGUUGCCUUUGGCAUCAACGAGGAUGGCUCCCUUGAUACAACCCCGAAGGCCACCCUUAACCUGUCCAUCUUUGGCGAGAAGGGCUUCGGACCCCCAUACAUUGCUGAGAUCUAA